CUCUGGUCGUCCGAUUCUUAACCCGGGAGGUUCAUCUGGGAAUACGACCGACUCUAGAGUGGACCUAUAGACACCAAACUGUGAUAGAUGGCGACAGCGUGAUAUUAGAGAUACUGGAUACUGCUGGUCAGGACGAAUACUCUCACAAAGAAGGUCAAGUGAAGUGGGGCGAUGCUUUCCUGUUGGUGUACAGCAUCACGGACCGGGAUAGUUUUGAUCAGAUUUCUGGCGUUAAGAAAUUUAUAGAAGAAACGAAGUGUAGCAUGGCAGUUCCGUGCAUUAUCGUUGGCAACAAAUCCGAUCUUGAUCAUAUACGACAGGUGCCGAAGGAGGAGGGCGAGAACCUUGCGUCGGAGCUCGGCUGCGGGUUCUACGAAUGCUCGGCGUGCGACGGCGACGUCGCCGUCUUCGACGCAUUCCUCGAGCUGCACCGCGACGCUAGGAGGCGUCGCAUGCUCGACACUAGAGGGCGCCGGCGUAGCAGCACUGCAGCGCAGCAAGUCAUCAACGUGCUCAAUAAGGUGUUCCACAAAGAGAAGGAGAAGAACCAUAGCUGAUGACAGAUGACGACGAAAGAGAGAGAGAAGAGCACGCUGCUGCUGCUACUGCUGCUGCUGCUGCUG